UUGUAUACCUACUUAUUUCAUAUAAAUUAAUGAAAAAGAAUAUCAGAAUUUAGUAUUUUACUUCGUUUUGUGUUAUAUUGUCUGUAAAUAAUUAAUCAGUAACAAUUUAGUUAUUUGAUGGUGAAUCAUUUAUUAAAUGAACAUUUAAAAAAAAAAAUUAUUAGGAAGAAUAACGUCUGAUAUGUUGUCCUUAGGAAAAUACUUAUACCAUAGCAUUUCACCCAAAUAAGUAAGGAAUGAUUAUAAAUACAGCAUAAAUAUAUACUCAAGAAAAUAUUUUUCAGUAAAAAUAUUGCUGUGGUUAAUGGUAAUGUUUUCGCCUUAAUUUAGAAGCAAACAACAAAAAUGGGAGAAUCUGGAGAUAGUGAUAGUGAUAUAAAUUCUGGAAUUAAACACCAAAAAAUUAAUCCUAUUGAAAGUGAUGAUGAAAGCACAUCUAGUAGUUCUGAUGGAGAAUCAGACAAAUGUCCAAUUUGUCUUACACGUUUAGGUCAAGAUGAAAUAGCAUCACCAAACUCCUGUCUCCACUCAUUUUGUAUAAACUGUAUUACUGAAUGGGCUAAGAAUGCCAAAACAUGUCCUAUUGACCGCUUAGAAUUCAAGUUUAUUAUUGUACGAUCUGUUGAUGGUGGUGUGAUUAAAGAGAUAAAUGUAAAUUUGAAAAAUGAACAAGAACCACAAUCUGUAAAUAUUGAUGAUUUAACAUAUUGUGAAGUUUGUCAUCUAAGUAAUCGAGAAGAUGAAAUGCUUUUAUGUGAUAUUUGUGAUUGUGGGUAUCACAUGGAUUGCCUUAAUCCCCCUCUUUCUAGAGUUCCAUUAGAAGAAUGGUAUUGUCCACAAUGUGAAUUAAGAGAAGAGCAAAGUGAUAAUGAUAUUGAUCAGGAAGAAGUUACUGAGCUACUAAAUGAUCUAAAUGAAGAUGAGCAACCUCCAUCUAGAAGAAUAAGAGUAUCACGAGAACGUUUAGUGCCAAGAACUAGAGCAAGUGAAAGAGUACGAAUGAAUACUCAUCGAAUACAACUUCGAGCUUUGAAUAAUGAAGAAGGUAUACAAUGCAGUAAUGCACAAAGAAAAGUAAGGCGAAGGAUUAAGAAAUAUUCUAGAAGGAAAAAUAGGACAAGAAAAUGUCGAAAAGUUAAAAAACAAUCAAUUAGUAAAAAAAGAUUACGGCUAGCUGAUCAAUUAGGGAUGUGUUCUACUAAAUUGAAUAAAUCUUCAUUUGGUGACAAUAGUAAUGGAAUAGGAACAUUCAGUAAUUUUGUUGAUCAUAGAUCAUUGAGUAUACUUGGAAGUUCACAUGAAUUAGAUUAUGCUCCAUUAGAAUCUGAUAAUGAAAAUGAUAUUGGUGGUGAUGGACCUUUAUUUAUGUCAACAAUUCCUCGAAUACGUUUUUCCACAGCAGAUCUGAUGUCAAGAAAAGAAAUCAGUGAAAUCUUACGAAGACCAGCUCGAAAAAAUAUUAACAUAUCUCACAAUAUAGAUUCAAUUAAUAUUUUGGAUACUAUUUUAAAUGUUCAAGAAAAGCAAUUUAAAAAAAAAUCAUUGGAAAAUGAAAUGAAAAAUAUUGACAAACAUGUUACUCAAACACCAAUGUAUUCUGAUCAUCGUUCUGAUAGAAACACUAAUAAUGCCAAUAACUGUUCUUCUAAUCACAACAAUAGUAGGAAUUAUUCUAGAAACAGUAGCCAAACAUAUCCUAAAGAAGGAAAUUCUAGUUCAUUAAAUGAAUCUCAAUUACCUGUUAAUCAAAGUUUUAAUGAAAAUGAACCUGUUAAUCCAUUUCCUUUUAGAAACUCUGGUCCAAUAAAAUUUAGAAUGAAUGUAACCAAAAUUGGCGAAAAGAAACAAGUACAACCUCCUACUAAGUCUACUACAACGGAAUAUAAUGUUGAAGAAGAUGGUGGAUCUACUUCAAAUUCUGAGUCGUUCAAAGCUCUUGAACCACCUCCAGAACCACCAGCCCUAUUAAUGGGUAUUAAUCUAGAUGAUGAUGAAACGGAUAAUUUAGUAAUUGAUGAUAAUGAGUAUUAUGAUCCUGAAAACCCUAAUGAAAUUGAUGAUCAAGUAGAAGAGAUCAAUUCAGCUGAACCUACAUACAUGCAAUCUCCUACUUAUGGUGGUUAUAUGGAACGAGUAGAAAAUAAUUCUAUACCAUUCAUUUCUAAUUCAAGCAAUAAUGUAUUACAACAAGAUGAAGCAAUGUCUUCUGACGAUGAUGACAAAGAAACUAAUGAUGAUUGUCCAAACUUAGCCUUAUAUUCUACAACUAGCCAAAAAUUAUCUAGUUCACCCAAAAAUAAUGAUACUUCAUUGGAAGAUGAUCUUGAAAUUGAAAAACUACCUCCAGAAGAAGAAUUAGAGUAUAUUCCUAUGCCUCCCAUUGGCAGCGUAUAUGAAAAUCUAGAUAUUAAACAACAAAGUACAGAAAAUGAACAGUUAUCAACUAGGAAUAAAUUAGAUGUUAUUGAAAAACCAUCAAUUAAUGGUGAUGCAUGUGUAAAUAAUUCUGAUAUAGAUGAAGUAGAUAAACCAAUUAAAACUGAUGAAUUAAAUGAUAAUAGUGAUAUUAUUUCUAAUAAAGUAGAAUCAAUUAAAGAAAAUGAUAAAUUAUCGAGUCCUGAAGAUAACAAUAAUUCAGACUUGAUUGAAGAAUCUACAGAUAUAUCCAUAACUUUAACAAAUGAAAAUGAAGUUAUUGUUGAUGACUUGACUGUUGGAGAAGAUUUGAAAAAUGACCCUUUGACUAAACAAAAUAAUUUAAAUUUAGACCCUAUUUCAGAUUCAGAAGAAGAUAAGAAGAAAAAUAAGGACCAAAAUACUUCUAAUAAAAAUCUGAAUAAAGAUAAGUUAUCUAAUGGAAAGAAAGAAGAGAAUAAAGAUUCAAAUGUUAAGAUUAAGGGAAAAGAAUCUGAUGUAGAGAGUGUACCUUGGAAAAAGUUAUCCAAAAGCUCUAAGGAUCGAAAUUACCGAUAUGGAAAAUGUAAAGAAAAAAUUAAUGAAGAUAGCAUCAAAAAAGAAAAAAAGCAAAAAAGAAAAGAAAUAGAAUUGUAUGAUAUACGAAAAGUUCUAGAAGAAAGACCUAGGCGAAAAAAAGAUAAAUUUGGUCGUGAUUUGUCUAAGUCUAGUUGUAGUGAUUCUGAAUCAAGAGAUCGGAAUAAACGUAAGAAACAUAAGAGAAGUCGUUCUAGACAACACAGGCGUUCCAUAUCACCUUUAAGACAAAGAAAUCAUAAAAAAUCGAGAAGCCGUCAUCGAAGUGAAUCAAAGAGUAGAAAUAGGUCUAAGAGUAAGCAUCGGUCUAAAAGUAGACAUCGUUCUAGAAGUUUAAAGCAUUCAAGUAAACAUGAUAGAAUUCAAGGAGUUGUAAAAGAUAGAUGUCGAUCUCCUGCACUUUAUGAUGAUCGUGAAUUGUCACCUUUGUCUUCUAAACGCAGUUCAAAAAAAUCAAAAGAAAAGAAUAUUUAUUCAAAAAUAGAAAAAGAUCAUGAUAAAAAGUUGGUAAAAUUAAAUAAAAAUGUUAAAAAGAAAACUAAAAAAAAGUUAAAAGAUUAUCAACAAUUGUCUCCUUCUCGAUCAAUAUCACCAGGUAUUCAUAUGUGGCCAUCACCUAGAGAUGGUCAUUGGUCACAAACAGAUGUUUCUCGAACCCCAUCACCAGUAUAUGGUCGCCGGGGAACAGAUAUAGAUAUUGGUUUUCCUGGAAGAGAUCAAGAUUAUUCUGAAUAUAAUGAUAACAUGGCACUUGGUAAUUUAACAGUUAUUGUAAAAAAUGAUAAUUCUAAAAAAACUAAGCAAUCUAAAAGACACGCUACACGUCAAGUUGCUGUCCCUCCUAGUAAAGAAGUUUUUGCUUCUGGUGAUAACAUAUUAGUGAGUGUCAACUUUAAGGACUCUAUAAGUGAUCAAACUUCACAAGAACCUAUAAAGCGUAAACGUCAAGAAACAACUCCAGUUUUAUCAAAUAAAAAAGUAAAAAACAAUGUUAGUAAUAAUACCAAUCUUAAAGCUCUUAAAAAGGGAACAAAUCGUAAAAAAAUAUCAAGAACUAUUGAAAUGGGUAAUGCUAAACCAGUUGCAAUUAUAGACUUAAAUACAUCUCCUUUCAGAGAAAUACCAAUGUCUCCAAAAAAUAUUAUUGUACUAACUGAUAGUGAUGAAGACAAACAAACAAAACUAGAAACUAAAAAAGAUAGCAGUCCAGAAAAACAAAAAGAGCAUAUUACUGUUGAACCAAAGGUUGUAGAAAAAAAUGAAAAUAGUACUCAAACUAUCCCAACAAUUACCAUUGGAGGUCCUAAAACACCCCCAGAACCAACAAAUUUGCUAUCUAAACCAGAUACAAAAGGCAGCUGUGAUUUUACCAAACAAAAUGAAAAUUGUACACAAACUUUGGAUGUCCGUAGUCGAGGUCCAAAUACUCCUCCUGAACCACCAAGAUCCAUUGAUACAACAGCUAGUGAAACGGCUUAUGAUCCUUUUGAACCUACUAAAUCAAACUCGCCUAGUCCACCACCUCGAAUUGAUAUGUUUGAAGAUGAUCCUAUCGAUGUACCAACACAGUCUGUUGAAGAUAAUAAAGUCAUUGAAAAACAACCUUCAAUAUCACCUAAAAUUAUUGCAAAAACAAUAACUCCUCCAUUUUUAGAAACUCCUAACAAUUUACAAAAUGAAAAAAAAUCUCCAGAAAAAUUAGUCACUUCAACUGCUAAUUCAUUACUAUACACUAGUCCUACAGUAAACAAAGCUCCUAGUCCUAUACAACUACCUACUUCAAAUGUGCAACCUGAUGAGGUAAUAAAUUUGGACAAUGAUGAUAGUCAGACUACUGCCUUUGAAAAUGAAGCUGAUUCUCCAUACUCACCUGGUGAAGGAUUUAUUGAUGAAUUGAGGGGAUCAUCACCUGAUAGUCCACCUCCACCAGCUCCUAAGAUAUUACCUGUUCCUCAAUCUUUAAAUAAAAAUGAUUCAUCCAGAAGUAAACUUGAUACUUUACUUAGUAUACUGCCACGAUCAAAACCUACUAAUGUAUUUGAUAAUCUUUUAAUGAAAAAUUUGAAGCCAUCAAAAUUUCCCUUAAAGUCAAAACAUUCUAAACACAAUAUGUCAAAUGAUGAAAUUAUUGAUGAUUUACCUGGCUCAGCAGUAGAAUUAGAGUCAAAAAACAAGUUUUUGGAAAAACUUAAUCGACAAGAACGAGUAAUAGAUGAAGUUAAACUUGUGUUGAAACCACAUUACAAUAAAAAACACAUUACAAAAGAACAAUACAAAGAUAUUAUGAGAAAAGCAGUACCUAAAAUUUGCCAUAAUAAAAGUGGUGAAAUUAACCCACAAAAAAUACAGAGUCUGAUUGAAGCAUAUGUAAUAAAAUACAGACAUGCACACAGAAAACAAGUUCAACGGAUCCCAGUUAAGUAAUCUUCAUGUUUGUUGAAUUUUUGGUGAUGCUCAAUGUAAUCAGUUGGAGUUAAAUUUUACUUAAAUGUAAUUUUUGUAGUCUUUACCGUUGUGUAUUAAUGAACUUUUAUUGGCUGUAGCCUGAAACCAGUAUUUCUUUUUAAAUCUGGUUUCUCAAAUGUUUGUUUAUAUGAUUAUUAUUUUAAUCUGUAAAAAGUCUUAUGUACAUUAUUAUAUUACUGUAUUAUGUACUGUAUCAAGUAACUUUUGUAUGACAAUUUUUUUUAGAUAUAUCUUUGUACAUUUAAUUGUACGUAUUUAACAUAGUAGUUAAAAUGAUUUAGUCAUAAUGAUAGUAACAAUUUAUAUUAUUGAUAGAAAACGUUUUAAAUAAAAAAUUAUUUAAUCUUUA